AUGAAAGUGGGUAUUAUAAUGGGUUCUGUGAGGGCAAAGAGGGUAUGCCCAGAAAUUGCAGCAUACGUAAAACGUACAAUUGAAAAUAGCGAAGAAUUAAUAGACCAGAAGCUGAAAAUACAAGUAGUAGAUUUACAACAGAUUGCUCUUCCCUUAUAUGAAGAUGAUGACGAACUGAUCCCUGCGCAAAUAAAGAGCGUGGAUGAGUAUGCAGACAGCAAAACUCGAUCGUGGAGUCGCAUCGUAAAUGCAUUAGAUAUUAUUGUAUUCGUUACACCUCAAUAUAAUUGGGGGUAUCCAGCAGCCUUAAAAAAUGCAAUUGAUCGUCUUUACCAUGAAUGGCACGGAAAACCUGCCCUGGUGGUAAGCUACGGCGGUCAUGGCGGUAGUAAGUGUAAUGACCAACUUCAAGAGGUACUACAUGGUUUGAAGAUGAAUGUUAUAGGUGGAGUGGCGGUGAAAAUACCGGUAGGUACGAUACCGUUACCCGAGGACAUUGUACCACAACUCAGCGUGCACAAUGAAGAGAUCCUGCAAUUACUCGCAUCGUGCAUCGAAACAACGAGGAAUAAAUAA